AGUUCCGUGAAUGCACGUGUAUUAUGGUCCCUGGACAACAUGGCUGCGCAGUGGUCAGAGGUAGAGCGGGCGGAGAAGGAGAAGCGGCGGGAGCUGGUGCUGCAGGGAGCGGACGAGCGGCUCCGGCAGAGUGAUGGCCACUUACCGCCCGCUCUCUUCUCCCUCACUCUCCUCAAUUACUUGGAGGUGAGCGGAUGCUCCGAGCUGCGGGAGCUCCCGGCUGAUCUGGGCCGCCUCUCCCACUUGCAGAGCCUGAUCCUGUGCAAGAACAAGCUGCGGAGCCUCCCCCGGAGCCUGGAGCAGCUGCGCGGCCUGAAGGUGCUGGACGUGUCGGGGAAUGAGCUGGAGGAGCUGCCGGCCGAGCUGUGUAACCUGCCGGAGCUGUGCACGCUGAACGUCAGCUGGAACCGGCUGCGGGAGCUGCCCCCGGGCCUGGAGCGCUGCACCAAGCUGGCGGGGCUCAACCUGUCCCGGAACCUGGUCACCCGCCUCCCCGCCGGCCUCAUGAGCCCCCAGCUGACCCUGCUGGCCUCCAUCACUGCCGCCGACAACCAGCUGCAGGAGCUGGGAGGGGAGAUCGGCCACCUGUCGGGGCUGAAGAGUCUGGACCUCUCCAAUAACCAGCUGACGGAGAUCCCACCGGAGCUGGCGGACUGCACCAAGCUGAAGGAGAUCAACUUCAAGGGCAACAAACUGAAAGAUAAACGGCUGGAGAAGAUGGUGAAUGGCUGCCAGACCAAAUCCAUACUGGAGUAUCUGAGGGUCGGAGGCCGCGGAGGGGGAAAAGGGAAAUCCAAAAUCGAGAAUGCAGUAAAAGAGGAGGUGAAGGACAAGAAGAAGAAGCAGAGGAAACCGAAAAAGGACAGUGGAGGAGAUGAUGAGGACGAGGAGGUGGAAAACAUGAAUAGGAUGAUGCUGAGGGUCCUUCACAUAUCUGAGAACCCUGCAGCCCUCAUAGUCAGUGCCAGUGCCAGCGUGAAGGAUGUGCGGCCGUAUAUUGUGUGCUGUGUGGUCAAAGGGAUGAACCUGAAGCCUGGAAACUCCCUGAAACGGUUCCUAACAGCACAGACCAAACUCCAUGAAGACCUGUGUGAUAAGAGGACAUUGGCAACUAUCGCCACCCACGACCUGCAUCUAGUGAAGGGACCCUUAUUGUAUGACGCUAGACCUCCGAAAGAGUUCACGAUUGUGCCGUUGAACCGCAAAGAAAUAAACGCCAAGGAGCUCGUCCGGCAGCUGCAGCUCGAGGCCGAGGAGCAGAGGAAACAGAAGAAACGUCAGAACGUAUCUGGACUUCACAGGUACCUUCGUUUAUUGGAUGGUAAAGAGUAUUACCCAUGCUUGGUAGAUGCUGAAAAUGCAGUGAUCUCCUUUCCACCAAUCACAAAUAGUGACAAGACCAAGGUCCGUAAAUCCACCCGGGACCUUCUUCUUGAGGUGACUAGUUCCAGCAGCUUGCAGAUCUGUAAGGAAGUCAUGGAUGCCCUCAUUGCUAAAAUGGCAGAGCUGAAUAAAUUCACCCUGGAGAACAAAGAGGAAGAAGUCACGUCAGACACAGAACCUGACGAAGGUGUCGCCCAUCAAAAACCAGUGGCCGAGCCAACCCCAGAAGUGGAGGGCAGCUCCGAGCUUGUAUUGGAGCAGGUGCGGGUGGCUGAUGCAGACGGGAACCUCAAAGUUUUAUACCCUUCAAAAACUGACCUAAACCUGAGUUUGUCUUUCUCGGUCAUGCGUUAGAAGCGUUGUUUUGUUAGGAACAAUUAUGUAACUUAUUUUUACGGACUUUUUAUGUUUUCUCUUGUGUUACCUCCACUGUAGUGACUCCAUACCCAUAGUGCAAUCAGUAAUAACAUUGUACAGCCUGUUUAUUCCUCUUCUUGAAUCUUCCCCUGUAGUGGAUUCAGGAUCCCUAGAAACACUUGAAGGGGUUGGUGGUUCUCUAGAACAGGGAUCAGCAACCUCCAACACUCCAGUUGUUCUGAAACUACAAAUCCCAGCAUCCUCCUUUCUCUUCCAUGGGAGUUACAAGAAUAGCCAAGUAAGUGUGCAUGCUGGGAGUUGUAGUUUCACAGCAGCUGGAGUGCCAACGGUUGCUGAUCCCUGCUCUAGGAUAUGCCACCAAUGUCUGAUAAGUAAGUGCGGGUCCCAUCUCUCGAACAGAGCCCGUGCUCGGGUGUUUUCAGAAGUCUCGUAGAAUGAAUGGGAAGCACACCGUGGAAGCGUGGGCACCGCUCUGUUCAUUUCUAUGUGGCUGACAGAAGUAGCUGAGCCAGCGGUCUGCUCUCCUUCACUUUGUGGGCUCCUUUCUAGAGAUAGGUGCAGGUCCCACCUCUGGGACCUGCAGCUAUCAGACGUUGGUGGCAUAACUACUUAUGUGGGUGGCUACCAGUAUAGAGGUGGUCACACGAAGUGCCAUCUUACUGCCUCUCCAUGCUGCAGAGGCUUGUUCUAGGUACCAUCCAUCUCCAUCCAACCACUGUUAGUUAUGUGCUAUCUUGGUAUGAUAUAGGUAAAGGAUAUAAACAUAUUCCAGGCUGUCACAAUACGCCCCAAAUUUAUUACUGUGGCUUCUGCUCAGGGCUGGUCUAACUUUAUACCGUAUAACCCAAUAUAAUAGCAUACGCCUUUAGUAAAUCUGGCGUAUUUUACAAGCCCACCUAAUCACGCCACCUCAUCCAGACCUUCAUGGCCGCGUCUAGCAAAUCACAAAUAUGUUCUUUUUUGCGCAAAUCAAUAAUAACGUUUUCGAAGUUGAUUUGUGCCAAAAAGGUGUCGGUAUUCUGGCACGAGGACCUGUCAGUGUGGGCUAUAGCGUAGCAAAGGAAGUUUGGCAUCACGUUCAUUUGUUAUAUUUUUUCUGAUCUGACAUUAAGCAGGAUGUUGUUCGUUUUCAUGCUGAUAUAAAAACCAUAUAGAAAUCCGUA